AGCAGAUAUAUAUAUAUAUAUACAUAUAUUACAUAAUGCGCGUAUAUAUAUAUAUAUAAAUAGCGGAGGAAAAGGAAAGCUUUUACCUACUCAUUCAUGAUCAGCACUAAACACUCUCUGCUCUGCCAGUCUUCAUCUAGGCUUUAAUGGUAAUGCUGCAUCUUCGACAAACUGCAUAUACAGGGAAUGAAGGCAUGGAAUUGAUAUGCAUGCAUUAUCUUUACAUUUGUACGUGAUAUCAAAGACGAGAACAAUAAGACUUCGGGGAGAUCUUGCUAUUGAAGAGCUGAUUUUAUCUAAUUGCUGCCUAUGGAUGAGUAUCUUGAUCACUAUUUCUCUUCCUCAUCGUGGUCAGACAUGAAAACAGCCGAAAGAUUGUCCUGGGACUGUGUUGAACCUAAUAAACCAGAUGUUCUUCUUUCAAGUUCAUUGGAAGUAUUUGAAAAUGAUGAGAAAAGCUCACCUGUAAGAAUGAUCAUUUCAAGCCCCAAUGUAGAAUGCUUAACUGCUAAGGAUACUUCAUCAAUAGUUCUUGGUGGAGAAUCAGAUUAUGCUGGGGAGAAUUGUCUACUUUCUAGAGGGGAUCAAUUACAACAAAAUGGAGAAAACUGCAAUCGCAAUUCUUCGAGUGGAGUGCUGAAUGGAAGGGUGAAUUUUGGAAAUAGAGUGGAAUGCUCUCCUGCUAUUCCUAGCUCAGUCUCUUAUACUGAAGCUGUUUUCACCCCAGAUUCAGUUAAUCUACUUCCUCCAAAGCACAUUACAUCAAUAGAUGAUAUAACAUGUCUUUCAUUUACUAAAAUGGGAUAUGUUGGCUGCAAUGGAACUGAACUAUCAGAUGAUCUAAGAUCCCUUCAAGAUUUAUCUACCCUGUCUCCAAUCUCGCAGUUGUUGCCUCCAUCAUUUGAUGAUGUUUAUUCACUGUCUCAUGUGAUGGGACAGGAAAGAAAGCAGGGCUUUGCUUUUCAAGGAGAAAAUGCUGAUAGCGAUGGACACAAAUAUGUUGAGAUGAAUAAAAUUUUGCAACAUGACAACUUGUCUGUAUCAGUCGCUGUGCAGGGGAAACAGGAUUUGCAGAAAAAUUCUUUGCCCUCUUCUGCAUCUGAGCCCCAGAUAACAAUGACAACAGUUGGUUUACCAUCACUGCUAGAGAAUUCAUCAAAUACUCAUUCUGGUGGCUGUCAUGGAACUGGAAAGCCUCGUGUAAGGGCACGUAGAGGCCAGGCAACUGAUCCACACAGUAUUGCUGAAAGACUCCGCAGAGAAAAGAUUGCUGAAAGAAUGAAGAAUUUGCAGGAACUUGUUCCUAAUUCCAAUAAGACUGACAAGGCUUCCAUGCUUGAUGAGAUAAUUGAGUAUGUCAAAUUUCUUCAGCUUCAGGUCAAGGUACUAAGCAUGAGCAGACUGGGGGCAGCAGGAGCAGUUGUUCCUCUAAUCACAGAUGGUCAAGCUGAGGGCUCUAAUGGUUUGUCAUUCUCGACGUCAGCUGGUCAAGGAGUUGACUUCUUACCGUCUGCUGAUCAAAUUGCUUUCGAACAUGAAGUAAUAAAGUUGAUGGAAUCCAAUGUGACCAUGGCCAUGCAGUAUCUUCAAAGCAAAGGUCUCUGCCUUAUGCCCAUUGCUCUUGCUGCCGCCAUAUCCAGUGAGAAAGCGUCACCUGUGGGGACUGCUGCUGAUGAGAGGGAAAGACUUGGUCUGGCAGGUUGUCUUCAUCAGAACAACAGCAACAAUAGUAGCAACAGCAGUUUAUCUGGCCUUGGCCCUCAUCAGAUGUCAUCUAAUAGCACUACUUUGACUGGAAAACUCAACAAAGAAGGCCUCCUGAGUAGUUGUUGCAAUCAGACUGUUAAGCAAGAAGAUUUGAGUAACUGCACAGCUGAAAAUGAAACUCUGAAGAUCAUCUAGUGAGAGGUGUCUCAAAUUUUCAACUAAGAGUAUUAUUAGUCUAGGGUUUAGGAUUAUAUGAAAUUAGAGUUAUCUUUUCCUUUCCUCUUUAUGUUUUUUCCUAAAUGUUUGUAUUCUAAGAGAAGAUAUGAGAAUUAAGUUUGUGGUUUGAAAAGUCAGUCAUAUAGACGGGGCGUGCAAUGUGGCUUGCCUAAUGUCCAUACAUGAAAUUGGUAUAUGUAGAGGUAUAAGCUUGGGAUGA